AUGGGUAAAAAAGUUAAUGUGUAUAUGCGAGACGAUAUAGACUUAGACAGAAUUGACGCUAAUGCAAAAGAAGGUGGAUUUUUACCUCUCCUACCUUUGAUAUUUGGUGGUCUUACUGCGGCGGCUGUAAUAGCUGGUGGUACAGCUGCCGGAGUACGUGCUGCCAACGAAGAUAAAGCAGCUAAAAUAAAAGCUGCCGAAGAACAUAGACACAAUUUAGAAAUGGAAAAGCAAGCAAAAGGUUCAGGAGUGGCAGAUAAAUUAGGAACAGUUAAAGAAUUUGGAAAACGAUUUGGGGAAGAAACCAAGAAAAUUGUUAAACAAGGAUUAAAUAAAUUAGUAGAUAGUAUUGACACAGGAGAAGUCAAAGUCAAACAUAAGGGUAAUGGGAUAUUUUAA